GUAACUAACAGAUAAGAUCGAAAGAAUAAACAUGAGCGAGGACAAAGUAGGUUCAUUAGUGGAAGAAGCUUUAAAACGUAAAGAACGUUUGCAAGCACUUAAAAAAAAGAAUGAAGAAGGCAAAGAUGCAAAGGCAGAUUCUCCCAGUAAAUUACCAAUGCCAAAAUUUCGUAGUUAUAAGCCACAAGAUGAAAGUCUCAAGGAGAAGGUUUUGGAAGAUGCAAAACCGGGCGAUGUUGAAACAGAAGUUCAAGAUCAAUUAAAUGCUGCAAAAACUAAAGUUGUUAUCGAAGAACUUGAUAUAAGUAAUUUGGCUCCACGUAAGCCAGAUUGGGACUUAAAAAGAGAUGUUUCUAAGAAAUUGGAAAAAUUAGAAAGAAGAACUCAAAAGGCAAUUGCUGAAUUAAUCAGAGAACGUCUUAAACAAGACCAACAUAAUUUAGCGACGAUGGUAAAUAUGAUGAUGGUAAAUACGAUAGAAAAAGAGGAAAAAAAUAAAACUUGGCAGUAAUAUAUAUUACUGUUAUUUUCUUUUUUUUUUUUUUUUUUUUUUUUUCUUUUUAAGUAAUUAUUCCAU